AUGUUGGCCGCCUUCGCGCUGGUUGCCGCGCUCUUGGUCCUGGCCUCCGUGCUGCGGCAAAGGCGCAGAAGCGGCAAACCCGGAGCGCCGGCUUCGCCGCGCCUGGCGGAUGCCGCGAAGGAGGUGUGGCAGAUGCUGAGGGAGCGCCAGCCCCGAAACAUCCAGGUGGCGGCGGAGCUUCACCAGCUGCCGCCCUUCAUCCCCAAGGCCACCUGGUCCCAGCUUGGGGACCUCCUGCGGGUGUGGGAGAGCCCCACCACCACCUUCGUGCCGGGCGAUAGGUACCUCACACUGCGCCUGGAUGGCAGCGGCUUCUCCAAGCUGACGAAGCGCCUCACUGCUGCAGGUGCGUUUUCCGACGGCUACUCCACGGAGUUCGCCGAGCUCAUGAGAGAAUGCUGCCAAUCCCUCAUGGUGAAGUUCAGCGCCAUGUGUGGCUACACCCAGUCCGACGAGAUGACCUUGGUCCUCGCCCCCGCGAGCGUGGUGCGGGGGGAGCAGCAGUGCCACUCCCAUGGCGGGCGGGUGGUGAAGAUCUGCACCUUGGCAGCUUCUCACGUGACAGCGCUGUUCAACUUCCGCUUGCAAGCCCUGUUCGCGUCCAAGGGCCUGAGCAUCGAUGAGUCCCUUCUGGCGAGUUUCGACUGCCGCAUCGGCAGCUUCGCCAGCUUCGAGGAAGCUAUGGCUCUGGUUCUUUGGCGGGCAGCGGACUGCGGGGUGAACGGCGUGUCCGACGCGGUCUACAAAUCCAAGAUCCCCGGGGCCAAGAAGGUGGUCGGACUCGGCACUGAUGAGAAGCUCCGCUGGCUGGCGGAGAACCAGCUGCUGCCUCUGCAGCCGCACCAGGCCUAUGGCUCCUUCUUCGCAAAGGUGCGACGUUUGCAUGAAGGCGUGAAUCCCAAGACCGGGCAGACAGCCGUGAGCCUCCGCAGCACCAUCGAGGAGGUUCCGGGCCACGUGCUAUGCCUGGCGAAGGAGGGCCAGCUCUUCCCCAAGGAUGACACAGAGGCACCCGGCAGCUGA